AUGCCAGCAGCAAUGUCAGCUCGACCGCUCGAUGAAUGGGCCAACACCCGCACCCAAACAUUUGAUAUAGCAGCGCUCAAGGGGUCUGCGAUAGGCAUCCAUGCUACACACUACCUCGACCUCCACCUUAACCAAUAUGUGACGAAAGAACCUCUUCUAAUUGCCCUUGGAGGGUUCCCAUUUGCUCUCCAGGCCAACAUUACACGCGAGUUGCAGGCUUUGAAGGCCGCGGAGGUAACGCCGAUUUUUGUCUUCGACGGCCUGGACGCAGGCAAGCCAUACCCGGACUUUUCGGCGCAGACGGAGAAUGCCAAAGCACUGCAGCAAGCGUGGGAUUAUUAUGACCAACAACAGGCCGAUCAAGUUGUUGAUGCCUUUAGCGGUGCAGGGAGCGCACAUCCUGAAAGCUUGUACAAGUUUUUGCAGCGGAUUCUCCAAAGCGAAGGAAUUAACUUUAUCGUUGCUCCCUAUGCGGCAUCUGCUCAGCUCGCAUACCUUGAAAAGGACCCUCACAGAUUCAUUGACGCUGUAUUCGGCCCCGCGGAACUUUUCUUUUUCGAUGUUGAAAAAAUAAUUACAAAGAUGGAUACUGAGCUUCGUCACUUUAGCUGGGUCACGAAAUCCCUCUGUCAAGAAGAGUUCGGUCGAUUGUCAAACGAGCAAUUCCUUGACCUAGGUCUGCUCCUUGGCUCCCCUUUCCUUCCCACAUUCCCGCCCUUCGAAACACCAGGCUACCCUGGAAAGCGAGUCAACAUCAGGGAGGCCCUUGGCAUGUUCAACUCUGGUGGAAGAAACGCACUUACUCUUUGCUCCCAAUUCGAGGAAGAUCAAAGAAUCCAUGAACUUGAUUAUGCAGACCGUUUCAAGCGCGCUUUCAUGACCAUCACACAUCAUGUUAUCAUGGACGUUGAUGGGAAAGUUGGCCCGCUUGACCCUGAAAAUGCGUCGUCUGACCUACACGAACUUAUCGGCCAACGCCUCCCCGAGGAGCUCUAUUUCUAUAUAUCAAAAGGCAUAAUGGGCUCACGUGUCCCUAACUGGCUCACCUCUGGCGAACUUUUACUAUCUCUUCCUCUUGGGGCUGAGGAUACCCCUAUAUAUCGCCGUCUUCUCACAGAGAAGCUCCCUCCAAUUAGGACACAGGCGUUGUGCCUCCUAUCAAACUCGCUCCACCGCUUUUAUCAAACGAAGGUCAUAAAUGUUCGGGCCUGGUACGAUGAUAAGACUGACAAAUCGAUCCACCUGAAGGAUUUACCCUCUGUCAAAGAUACAAUAUCUAGCUGGCGCAUCGGAGGAAAGCAGCUGCCAGAGAGUGUCCAGAAGCUUCAGGAUAACUCUCCGCUCCUGACAUUUUGCCUCUCCGCGCUAAAGGAGCAAAGCUUUGUUUCCAAGUCAUUCUCCCCCAAAGACGCCGCAGCCCUCACAUCCAAACAAGAAAUAGUAUCCAAUGUCACCUGGAGAUUCCUCCAACUACGAGGCUAUGUCGAUACCAAACAUCAACUUACCUCCUGGGGGAAGGCCCUUGAAUCUGCCCUCUCCUCUCUUAACCCCUCAGACAACCUCGAGGAGCCAACAUUCCUCGCCAUAGAACUCAUCCGCUUAGGUAUCCUCAACGCAAAGGACUGGUUCCCUAACAUUUCAGGUGGCCCAAUGAGAGGCUCUGAUGAAGAGCAGCAACAUAACCUCCUGAUUUCACGUGUUGCAUGUUUCGGCAAGAUUCAACACAAGCCAAUUGGCUAUUCCGGACCUCUUAGCAGACAACUUUUGUCGUUCCGCUCACUUGUCAGUACCGUACGGGCAACUCUUCGAGACUUAAUUGAAGUUAUCCUUGCAACCCUUCUGCUUAGCGGGGAAGCUAGCCGGGACCGUGAGGACUGGGCCGAGUUGGGCCUAAGCCUACCAUUUAUCGAUGACAACGAUUGCGGACUCGCCAUCGCUGUUCGAACCUACCUAGAUGAUUUACCGCAAGAACCAGAGCCCACCCCUCAAAUUGUCAGAGAUGAAGUCAAGGCCAAGGGCAAGGAAUGGUUCCAGCACAGCCAUAGUUUCUCCGAGAACCUGGAUACAGCAUUCCACCUCUGGGACGCGGUAUAUAAAGCCACCCAAACCGCUGCCAAAGAACCUAUGGUUGAUUCAAAAUUGUGGGAUGAUACGAACAAAUGGCUGAGCGCCCGAAGAUAA